GAGCUAUAGUUCGCAGCAUAUCGUCAAGAUGGCCGCCAAACAUUACUUCACCAUGCUCCUGCUCGUAUCCCUGAUGGCUCUCAUAGCCAGUAACAGUUCGUUUGAAAAAGAUUGUCCUGAGAAUUCUCAUUUGACAAUGGACCCCUGCGCGCCGACCUGUGAAGAUCCAGACCUAACACAUACCAGCUGCGUAGCGGCAUUGCUCCCAACAUGCCACUGUGAUGAUGGCUUCCUCUUCGACAACUCAGGAAAAUGCGUACCCGUUGAUGAAUGUCCAGACCAAAAGAAUUGUCCUGAGAAUUCUCAUUUGACAAUGGAUCCCUGCGCGCCGACCUGUGAAGACCCAGAACUGAAAAACACCAGCUGCGUAGCGGCAUUGCUCCCAACAUGCCACUGUGAUGAUGGCUUCCUCUUCGACAAAUCAGGAAAAUGCGUACCCGUUGAUGAAUGUCCAGACCAUAAGAAUUGUCCUGAGAAUUCUCAUUUGACAAUGGACCCCUGCGCGCCGACCUGUGAAGACCCAGAACUGAAAAACACCAGCUGCGUAGCGGCAUUGCUCCCAACAUGCCACUGUGAUGAUGGCUUCCUCUUCGACAAAUCAGGAAAAUGCGUACCCGUUGAUGAAUGUCCAGACCAUAAGAAUUGUCCUGAGAAUUCUCAUUUGACAAUGGACCCCUGCGCGCCGACCUGUGAAGACCCAGAACUGAAAAACACCAGCUGCGUAGCGGCAUUACUCCCAACAUGCCACUGUGAUGAUGGCUUCCUCUUCGACAAAUCAGGAAAAUGCGUACCCGUUGAUGAAUGUCCAGACCAUAAGAAUUGUCCUGAGAAUUCUCAUUUGACAAUGGAUCCCUGCGCGCCGACCUGUGAAGACCCAGAACUGAAAAACACCAGCUGCGUAGCGGCAUUGCUCCCAACAUGCCACUGUGAUGAUGGCUUCCUCUUCGACAAAUCAGGAAAAUGCGUACCCGUUGAUGAAUGUCCAGACCAUAAGAAUUGUCCUGAGAAUUCUCAUUUGACAAUGGAUCCCUGCGCGCCGACCUGUGAAGACCCAGAACUGAAAAACACCAGCUGCGCAGCGGCAUUGCUCCCAACAUGCCACUGUGAUGAUGGCUUCCUCUUCGACAAAUCAGGAAAAUGCGUACCCGUUGAUGAAUGUCCAGACCAAAAGAAUGAGUGCGUCAACUGAUUCCGACUUCUAAUAGGGGUUGUAGUAUGAAACUGCGUUUCAUUGUAACUAGUUGUUCUCUGGUAGUCGAAAUUCGACUAUAGUUAAUUAAAAUUACAAGUUUGUACACUA